AUGUCGAGCAUCGAGCUCGUCAUCAACCCAAGGGGUAAGCCGAUAAGGAAGCUCCCAAAGGAGCUCACAGUGUCCACCAAUGCUCCGGCUAGCGAUAUCUACAACACCUUGGCUCAAAAAACGGGUUAUUCAAUUCAUCGACUGAGGAUCACAAAGGGUUCAGAUGGAAGCGUGUUGCCCAAUGGCUCAGAGACUAUUGAUGGCAGUGGACUCCGAGCACAAAGUGUGAUCUAUGUCAAAGACUUGGGUCCCCAACUCGGUUGGCGAUUCGUCUAUGUGAUCGAAUAUCUCGGCCCCCUCGUCUUCCCACCACUCUUCCUAUACGUCUUGCGUCCCUACUUGUACUUCAACUUCAAUCAGCUUCCUGAACCGUCAUGGCUACAACAGCUUGUGUGUGCGUUGCUCUUCGUUCAUUUUUUGAAACGUGAGAUCGAGACUAUUUUCAUUCACCGCUUCAGCCUUGCAACUAUGCCUGCUCGCAACAUCUUCAAGAACUGCGCCCACUACUGGGCUUUGGCUGGUGCUAACAUCGCGUAUUGGGUGUUCCGUCCCGAUUCUCCCACGGCAACCGAUGACCUGAACCCAAUUCUUUACUACGGCGGAUUGUUCCUCUUUAUUUUUGGUGAAUUGGCGAAUCUUAAUGCCCAUUUGAUCCUGCGAAAUCUUCGACGACCUGGAACCACUGAGCGCGGGAUUCCAAAGGGGUUCGGAUUCGGUCUCGUGACCUGCCCCAACUACAUGUUUGAGAUUAUCGCUUGGAUUGGUGUCUACCUCUUGACCGGCCUUAGCUGGAGUGUCUUGAUUUUCCUCGUGCUCGGUACUUUCCAAAUGUGGGACUGGGCUAAGAAGAAGGAGCGUCGUUAUCGCAAAGAGUUCGGCGACAAGUAUAAGCGCAAGCGUUUCGUUGUUCUGCCACCUCUUCUCAACACCGAUUGCGCAGAAGCCAUGCAUCACGCUUUACCGCCGCGAAAGUCGUCCAAAGCUCCUCCUUUUGCUCCGCGUACCUCGAAUUUGUCCCUACAACGCCGGCGGCAGCUGAAGGCUUUGGGGCUUAUUGUAUUUGGAUUGAUAUUUGUGCUUUUUGUUCUCUCACGGUUCUUCUCGUUUUCUGUCAGUGAACAGAUUGCGGCUGUAAUACCUUCGGGAACUGCGAGUGUUGUCCUGGUCACUUUGUUCGACAAGCAGGUUCUGAGCGAUCGAUAUACACAAUGGAUUCAGACCAAUCGAGAGGAUUAUGCGUCGCGACAUGGGUAUGCGACAUUUUUUGCAAACACCUCCGAUUAUCUAUAUACUCUCAAUGAGAAAACACCGCGAAGCUGGACUCAAGUCCCCGCUGUUCGACAUGCCAUGGCCGAAAAUCCACACUCGACAUAUUUCUUCUUCCUUGACGCCCAUGCUUUCAUCAUGGACCCUACCCUACCCUUAACGUCGCAUGUCCUUGAAGCGAAACGCCUCGAAUCGCUAAUGAUCAAGGACCAUCCGGUAGUGCCUCCGGAUAGCGUCAUCAAAACAUUCUCACAUCUUACACCAAAAGAUGUAGAGCUUAUCAUCAGCCAGGACGGUGAGGACUUGGUUCCGGGGAGCUUUAUAAUCAAACAAGGGCCUUGGGCCAGAUUCUUUUUGGACGUAUGGUAUGAUCCGUUAUAUCGGUCAUAUAAUUUUGCGAAGGCGGAGAAGCAUGCAUUGGACCAUAUCGUGCAAUGGCAUGCAACAAUACUGGCAAAACUAGCCCUUAUACCUCAGCGGGUAAUCAACUCAUAUAGUAAAGAUUCCCCUGAUGUUGCCGCAGAUGGCACAUAUCACGAUGGCGACUUUGUCAUCCAUUUAAAUGACUGCGACGCUGAAGGUCGGAGCUGUGAGGAAGAGUUACAACCGUACUAUUCCAUGUGGCAGAGGAAGACUUCCAGCUUAAAGUCAUCGUAA